UUCAAUAUGUAUAAAAUUAUCAUAAUAAUUGCAAUAAUAUCAUAUGCUUUCGCAAAGCCAAAUCCUGAAACUGAACCAACGUACAAAAUUUUUAAGAAGGAUUGCACAAAUGGAAUAUUCAGGCCAACGUGUUUAAAGAUCGGAGCCAUUACGCUGUUUGAAAAGUUGAACAGCAAGGAUGAGUUGACGCUGAUUCCUGGUGUUAGUCUGAUAAAGGAGAAAAGUGAUUCGAAGGCUGAGUUAAUUGCAAAUGAGCUAGCGAGGUCAUUAACCGUUGAUUCUGAUGAAAGACUUGACAAGGUUCUGUUGUAUCAUGUUGGGAUGUUUUUGGAUACUCAUGCAGUGAAACUGAGACUUCUAGAUGAUGGAGCCGCUGAAGAAGCUAGGAAUGUGAUUGGAGAAGCACGGGCAAAGAGUCCUUUAUCAAUGGGAGGCAAGAAAGGCGGUAUGGGGGGUUUGAUUGCUAUGGCUAUGAUGAUGAAAGUUAAACUAAAUGCAACAAAUAUUAACACACAUGAAGAUGAUGUUAUAGAAGACAACAAUUCUGAAAAAUUAUCCUUUUUGAUCGAUGAUGCUAUUGAUAAGUUCUUUGAUAGUCAUAUCAUAAAGUUCAGUGCUCUGGGAAAAAAUAUAUCGGUUCCAAAUUCAGUGGACGGAUUCGUGGGAAGAAAGAAACGAAAGGGCGGUGGGGGCGGCGGUAUGGGGCACGGCGGUGGUCACGAUCACGAUGACGGUGGCAAGAAGAAAAUGAUGAUGAUGGCUAUGAUGUGUAUGAAAAUGAAAUUAAUGAUGAUGGUGCCGGCGAUGAUGGGUAUGAUGGGAAUGAUGUCGUUUAAAGGAAUGAUGUUUAGCAUGAUGUCUUUCAUGAUUUCAAAAAUGAUGCUUUUGAUGAAGAUCUUGGAGAAAAAAGGUAUUGGAGGAGGGAGUGGAGGUGGAGAUGCUGGCUGGGCUGCCGGCGGCGGCGGAGGAGGGGCAUGGAUGCCAGCAGGUGGACAAGAUUACGGAGGCGCAGGCGGAUACGACGCUAACGGACAAUGGCAGAGUAGAUCCAUCAUCAAAAGAAAAGAUAAACAUGAUAAAUUAGAAAACGAACCAAUUAUAUCAUAUAUAAUACCAACUGUAACAUAUAAUAAUAAAGAUAUUAACAAUGGAAAAGUAAAGUCGAGGAAAAAGCGAGGAAUUAUGGAUGUUCUGCAAAAUGUCUAUCUUUACUGGAUAAAUCAAAUUUUGGGUGCAAGCAACAGAAGAAAAUCAAAUAAUCAAAGAUAUAGAAUUGUGAAUGGUGUAAAAUAUGUAUAUUACCCGAACAAAGUUGUCCAAAAAGCUAAAACGAAUCACGCCAGCAGUUUUCCGUUGAAAAAUAUUGAAGAAUUCAAGCCAAUUAUAAUAUCUGAUGAUUUUAAUAAAGGCGAAACUGUGGAAGGUGGAAUAGAAAGUAGGAUGAAUACGAAGAAAUUUCAUAAAAUGAAAGAUGUGAUGAAUGAUACGUUUUCCGAUAAUCCGUGGGAAUGACUAUAUUACCUAAUGAAAUUUUAUGUCUUGGAAAACAUUGUCGUGCCAGAUUUUAGAUCAUUCUUGUUUAUUUAAGACAAGACAUAGACUUUCGUAUGAUACUUAUAAAUAUUGAUUCAUGUUAUCGCUAAAAAGUGUUGAAAAUGUUAUCCAAAUCAUAACUGUUGUGUUGUAGUUUUA